UGUUGAUGUGUUUUCAUAGCGCGUAAGAGCGUGGGCGGAAGACAUCGACAAUUGGCUGGGGAGGGUCAUGUCAUUUUUGAAAAUGCUGCUGGAGGGUCGUUGAAAAUUAUAUAGCAGGCAGGGGAGGGUCAUGCAACUUUUAAUCGAAGCACUCAAAAUCCCUCCGGUGAUCCCGUUUAUAAAUAACGAACGGUCCCUUAUGUGCAUUUCUCCCUCCCCUCAGGAUGUCAUUUUCUUUAAAGGAGAUCUGCGAGCUUGUGAACGUGAGGUAUGAUAGGGCACUUGAGGGAAGCGUCAGGGAUGAAGAAGAUUCGCCAUCAAUCUCCUCCAAGGACUCAGACAUAGCUUCCAGUGAAGACUCGCUUGAUGAUUACAUUCCUGACAGAGAGAAUACAGACGAACAAAGUGAAAAUGAUGACUGUAACCCAGGGACAUCUGCUGAUGACGAUGCUGUUCGGCGAAAGAGGAGGGCCAACCCUUCACGUUGGAAAGCAAAUGUUCAAAAAAAAAGGAGGAUGAUGGGUCAAUCAUACCGUGGAAGGAGAGGAAACGGAAGCAUCAUCAAAGAAGCAAGAAAAAUGGGGGAGAGGUGCCAGAGUGCGUCCUGUCAGAAAUCAAAACAAAUCCAAUGCUGCGAAAUUGACGAAGGGCGGAUGAAGGACAUUUUCAAAUACUUUUGGGAGAAAUUGGACUGGAAAGAGAGGAGGAUGUACGUGAAAACAAUGGUGGAAGUGAACGGUGUUAAGCGUCGCCGAACAGAAGCGGUCACAUCUCGGAGGUCUGCUUCUCUGUUCUGUUUUUUAUGUGUAGAUGGGAAAAGAAUAAGGGUCUGUCAGCGGAUGUUCUUGUCUACACUUGGGAUCAGGCAGUGGACAUUCCUUAAGUGGGUAGGAAGACGGGGAGAUAGUCCCAAGAAGACAGAGAGGGCAUGUUCAGACAACAGCAUCAGAGCACUAUCACGACAGGUUUUCACAGUAGCGUUCAACCAACUGAAUCUUUCCUUAUUUCAUCCGAAAAAAGAUCAAUGCGACACCUGCUGUGCAUUCAAAGCCGGGAACAUCGAGGCUGCUCUGUGGGAGAAACACCGAAAGAAAAAAGAUGAUGCCAGAGAAGAAAAGGAAAAUGACAAACAACUGGCUACCAACACCUGCUUAGUUACGUGCAUGGAUCUGCAGAGCCUUCUCCUGUGCCCAAAACUUCAAGUGUCUGCCCUGUACUACAAGAUGAAGCUUGGCGUUCACAAUCUACAACAUGGCAUCACAUGCAGCAAAAAAUUACCUGUGGCAUGAGGGUGAAGCGGGGCUCUCUGCCAGUGAAUUUGCCUCGUGUAUUGUACACUUUCUCAAAUCCCAAGCAUCGUACAGCGAGUUUGUCCUCUGGAGUGAUGGAUGUGGCUACCAAAACAGAAACCUCGUGCUCAGCAAUGCACUGCUGAAGUUUGCAACGGAGAUGAAAAAAACAGUUACUCAGAAGUACCUGGAAAGAGGCCACACCCAAAUGGAGUGUGAUUCAGUGCACAGUGUAAUCGAGAGGAAGAUGCGGGAUCGGGAUGUCCAUGUCCCCGCAGAGUAUGUAGCGGUCAUCCGCGGAGCUCGUUCCCGCCCCUUCCCUUAUGACGUGCAAUACGUUGACCACACCUUUUUCCAUGACUUCAGCAAGGUCACCAUCUGCAAGUCUCUCCGACCAGGCAGCAAAGUAGGAGAUCCGACCGUGCAUGACCUCCGGGCAAUCAGAUACAACAUUGAUGGCAGCAUGGAGUACAAGUUGCUCCACUCCGAUCCCUGGCAGCCCUACUCCGUCCCAUCGCUGAGGAAACCAUGCCACACUGUGGUCCCACUCCAUCCAUCCCGUCCAAAAAUCAAAGCGGCGAAGUUCAAACAUCUUCAGGAACUGAAGCACGUUGUACCGAAGGAUUUUCAUUCAUUUUUUGACUCACUGUCCCAUGACUGAUCACUUACAAUAGCACACACACACUAGCACGCGCACACACACACACACACACAACAACGCUCGCAAACAUGCGCAACACACACAAUAAUGCACAGUCCCUCAAUCCUGUUCAUUGACAUGACAUAAAUUAUACAGAAACAUGCAUCACUAAUGAACUAACAUCACUCAGAUUGGCAUCAAGAUUAAUUGAAAAUUAAUUAAUUUAAAUUGGUGUAGUUAUACACAACUAGCAAGACCAAUCAACAUGACGAGCUCUGGAUUCUGGUGCCUAAGUUUUAACAGGUUAUGUGUUGUAAAAUACUUUUGAUAACUUUUGGCCAAGUUUGAUAACUUUUAGCUGAGGGGUGGUAGGAUAUUGAUUGAAAUUUCUGUGUUUGAUUGUGCCUGGAGACCUUCCCCCACCACUUAUCAGUUUGUGUCUCUGUUGUUGAAAUGUAAAAGUGUUUUUAUACUUCGAAAUAUCCACAUGUGAUUGUGGUUUUGAUGAGUAAUGUUUGAUUGUGCCUGGAGACCUUCCCCCACCACAUAUCAGUUUGUGUGUCUGUUGUUGAAAUGUAAAAGUGUUUUUAUACUGCCAUCAACCCAGCGUGUAAUGUCAGCCUUUUAAAUAGAUAAAUAAAUA